AUGUCGAUUGUACCGGAGGAAAGGAGGAUAUUAUUAGAGAAAUUGAAUCUGAAGACGUCAACAAAUGAUAUUGAGCGUUUUUUUACGAGAUGGGGUCCGCUUUCUGAAUGCAUUGUUAUGUUUGACAAGAAUACGAGACGUUCUCGAGGAUACGGGUUUAUUUGCUUUGUUUGGGAUCAUCACUGUGAACAAUGCCUUGAAGCGCAACCACACUCAAUAGAUGGUGUACAAAUUGAAAUGCGCCCAAUCAAAGGCAUAUCUUCAAAUCCGAUUGUCAAAUACAUCAACACAAGAAAAAUUCUAGUUUCAUUUCUUGGUGCAAGACUUAUAACCGAUGAAGUGGAAGAGUAUUUUUCAAAAUUUGGUGCAGCUCAUGUUGAUUUUGCAGUGGAUACACUAAAUGAGAAGCCGUUAUAUUUUGCAUAUGUUACAUUUGUCGAAGUUGAAUCGUGUAAUAGCUGUAUAAAUAUUGGGGAACACUUCAUCAGUGGCUAUCCUAUUUUUAUUCGAAAAGUGAUUCGACGAGAAGAUCUCAAAAAAGCGGAACAAAUGGAACGUGUUCGAGCAGUUUGUGAAGCGCGAAUUCAAGAAGAACUAGAAGAAGAAGCAGGAAGAAAAAGACGUCAUUUAGAUCGGAAAUUGCGUGAAAAUUAUGCUACUGAAUUAGCUUUACUACGGCCACCUCCACCUCCACCACCUACUGCUGCACCAUCGCGAAAAGCUCCAGACCCUACGCCAAGUUCUAGUUGGGUGCCCCUUUUACCUAAUGAACAAUUCCAAGAAAACAAUGCUUCUCACCUUGCUGGUUAUGGGCCACAGCAUCAGAAGCAAAAGCAAUGUAGUACGUUUGCAGGUUCAAAUCUUUCGAGACAUCCUGUGGGAACUGGGACAUCACAAUGGAUUCCAUUGCCGCAUGGAAGUAUAUCUACACCCUCCGAUAUUGUCCGGCGAUAUUCUACACCGGGCGAACCGUUUUUUGAAAUGAAUUUUGAAAAGAUUGCUACAGCUUCGUUGUCGGUGCCGCUGGAACUCGAUGGCAGGGAAGCUUUUUUAAAGGUCAUCCGCAUAUGGAAAGAACGUUGUCAUACAGUCAACAGGCGCUUAUCAGGCAUCGUAUCAGUGGACGAACGGGAUUUUAAGCGCAGUCACAUAUUAGCUAUCUUUAACAUACUUUCACAAAACGUUGAAAUUCGUAAAUUCAUUCCUAAGUCACCCGGCAUUUUUUCGACCUGUGCAUAUGAAGCUUCUUUUUGUUUAGAUAAUCAUGUUAUGGAAUUUCGGCCUUUUGUAUUGGACGAGAAACGACAUCCUCAUGUUUCUUUCCCAUAUCGUCUUGCUUUGGAAGAAGUCUCAAAUGAGCAAUGGAAUCUAAGUCUUUUCAUCUCUAGCGAUGAGAUUAAUUAUAUUUGGCUGCAGCAAAUCGCGUUUCCACGUUUGGUAAAAUGGUUCGCUGAAAUUGGUGAACAGAGAAAUGACGCAGUUUCGCACAAAUUAGUUAAUAUGGAAGAUUAUUCGCAGUUGUAUUGUGAAAUCAAAAAUAAAUGGGGCCAACAAAUUGCAGCAACAUGGACAGAAAGAACGAAUCCACAGAAAUUCGUUUAUGAAGAUUGUGCUAUUGCAGCUUAUCUAGUUGCUUUCUGGCGACAAAAAGGUUUCUUUCCAAAAAGGUUCUGUGAUAUUGGUUGUGGCAAUGGCUUGCUUGUAUACCUGUUGCAAAAAAUGAAGGUAAAUGGUUAUGGAAUCGAUUUAAGACGGCGCAAAAUAUGGACAAAAUUUGUCGGAACCGAUCUGAGAGAAGAAACAUUGAAUCCCGGGGAUUUAUUGAUCGACAGCGAUUUUCUUAUCGGAAAUCACACAGAUGAAUUGACACCUUGGAUACCUAUUAUGGCUGCUAGAUCCAGAAGUAACUUUUUCUUACUGCCAUGUUGUCCAUUCGAUUUUUAUAAUCGUUUUCAAAAAAAAUGUGGUGUUACUGCUACUAGUGUAUAUUCCUCCUAUCUUUUGUUUAUUCGCGAUAUCUGUUUGAGGCUGGGCUACUGCGUUGAAGAAGAUCGGCUAAAAAUCCCAUCAACGAAACGUUAUUGUUUCCUUUGCACAGUACCUGCUGGUGGAUUAGUAGAAAAUCUGGAAAAUAUUAUAAGUGACAUAUUGCCACACAUGAAUUUACCAAAUUUUUUGCCGAGAGAGAAGUUUGAAAGGAUAAAAAAUUGUUCUAAACUUCGUCGGGACUUUCAGCAGAUGCUCGCCAGAAAGAUAUUCACGUACUUAUUGGAGCUAUCACCAGACAAAUCGACAGUGUGUUGGGGCGGAGAGCCAUGUUCUCUAAAAGAAAUAGCUGAUCUACUCAGUGAGGAAGAAAAAGCACAACUUCGAGAUUCAAAUGGCGGCUUGCAAACAUUCUUGAAAAAUCAGCAUCAAAUUUUCAAAGUAGUUAAAGGUACAGUCUCAAUUCGUAAUUGGGCUAAAGAGGGUAAUCGAAGGGUGGAAGGAAAAUUGAAGACAACAAAUUGCUGGUUCCACAACUAUUAUUUCAAUGGUUGUCCACUAUCAGCUGAAGACUGCUCUUAUAAACACUGA